CCCGCAGGACUCUCAGGCCCCAGGCCCGCUGGGCGGAAGGAGGGCGGAGGCGCGGAGCCGCGAGGCCCAGGGUCCGCGGGGCGAGAGCCCGCAGGGUCUCCCGAGACGGCGGAGAGGACGCGUGCUUCCCUGCAAACCCAGCGCGGGACCGGGGAGAAGCCCCUGCCCGAACCCGGGCCCGCAGCACUCGCCGCCUCCGAGGCCCUCCUGCCCCAGAAGUUCCCGUCCCGCUGCACAGUGGCUCGGAGAACCGCUAACUGCGGGUGACGGCACCACUUCGUCCUACAGGGAACCCCAGUUCCGUGCGAAAUAGCGCCCGAGGUGCCGGGGCAGCCAAGCGAGGAGAGAAACUGUAAUUUGUUCGUUGUGGAGUGAAAUGAAGACAGAUGUUCCUGUCGGGCAGGACGCGGGCACCCCGUGAUGAUGCGGUCCCUCGUCGGAGAUUUUAACACCAAGAAAGCUGUUUCCUCCGCAGCUGCGUCCUAACAAAUGCUUGUUCCCAGGUCUUCCCGUGGAACCCGGGGGACAGCCCACGUGUAGACAUUUUGGCGACGGCCCUAAGGCACCGAGGAAGAUCACGUAAUGGCUAUUUUGGGAAGGGAUCCGAAACGGGUUCGGGCCAGUGAGCUCCCUGAAGGCUGGUCCAUCACGCUCGCUGCCGGACGGGGGUCAGUAUUGUCGACGCCUCCGGUUAUCUCCGUUUUCAAAGCUUCCGUGUUAACACCAGUCAGGAUGAAUUUUGCACUUACUCCGGGAUGGCCUUCGGCCCGAUGAGGCCCCAGUCUCGAACACCGCCAUAUGCUCGGACUUUCAUGCUGCCUCCCAGGCAGGCCACUGGAUGGAAGGUGCUACUGAGUUUCAACUUCUGUCUUUCCCCGUCUCAGGAUCCAGGGAUGAGCAUGAAGAGGAAGAACUGAUGAAGAGUCCAAAGCAAAAAGAGAUGGCGCGUGAGGAAGUGUCUCUCGAGGAGUGGUCACCAUCCAGCUGGCCACCGGGUGCCGGUCACAGAACCACCUGCUCAGAGCUCUGCUGGAACUCUGGGCAGAGCCCAGUCAAGCCUUGGUUCAAGGACACUACAACCCGCAGAUCACCCUUCUCCUGCUCAGACUGUGGCCGCAGCUUCAGCUACCCCUCCCUCCUGGCCACCCACAGGCGGGUGCACUCAGGGGAGCGGCCCUUCCCCUGUGACCAGUGCGGGGCCUGUUUCUCCCAGCGCAAGUACCUGCUCCAGCAUCAGCUCAUCCACACUGGGGAAAAGCCCUACGCGUGCCCUGAUUGUGGGCGACGUUUCCGCCAGAGGGGCUCCCUGGCCAUCCACAGACGGGCUCACACCGGGGAGAAGCCCUACCCAUGCCCAAACUGCAAAAGUCGCUUCACUUACCCCUACCUGCUGGCCAUCCACCAGCGCACACACACAGGCGAGAAGCCCAACAGCUGUCCGAGCUGCAGCCUCUGCUUGGCCUACAGCUCCCUGCUGGCCAUCCACAGGCGCACGCAUACAGGCGAGAAGCCCUACCCCUGUCCAGACUGUGGCCGCCGGUUCACCUACUCCUCUCUCCUUCUCAGUCACCAGCGCAUUCACUCCGACAACCGGCCCUUCCCCUGCCCCCAGUGUGGGAAGGGCUUUAAGCUCAAGUUUGCCUUGGAAGCCCACCAGCGGAUCCAUCGCUCUGGCAAGAGGCCGAGGUGGCAGCGGCCUGCGGUAGGGCUCUCGGAGCCAGUCCUUGUUUUGGGAGGCCAGGAUCCCCCAGUUCAUUUCCGGUGCUUUCCAGAUAUAUUUCAAGAAUGUGGGUGAUGGAGCUCGCAAGAGAUGACCUGUUUUCUUUGGAAGGGAAAAGGCAAAGUUGAUGUAUUCGGGGGAUAAGGAACGGAUGGAAAGGAAGUAAGCAUUUAAGGAAGACAAAGCUCUGAGUUAAGGGAGCACAGAGCGGUCCUUCGGGAGGAGGGGGGAAUCUGAAAGGUCACCUGAAGGCUGAACCCAUCUUCUGAGGCUCUCGCUCCCAAUCCAAGUCCCACUUGGCGUUUCUUCGCAGGAACUCAUUCACCUACCUGGCUUUUCUCCCUGGACUGUUCUCUCCCUCAGAGGAUUCUGCUUUCUGGUCUGUCUCUCCUGUUCCUCAGAGAUGGGGCCCCUCAGUGCAAGAACCCAUUAAAGGAGCCCAUGUACAUCUGAGUAUCCCCUGGAACAGAAGGGACACCUUGGGCCUAUCCUCAGUAGGGGAAGCUCACCCAAGGAUUCUUCUAGCCAGGGUCGAUGAGACACCUGGCGAGGAAACACAGCGUCGAGCCACUGUUGGCACUCUUGGUCUUAAAGUCCUGAAGGUGACCCCAGGGAGGAGAACAGUGGCUUCCGGCGGGGCCGUCCCGCCCCACGCGCACAUCGCGCAGGCUGCACGCGAGUGUCAAGCUUAGCUUAAAGGGUUUUUUUUUUCCCCUCCAACUUCUAUGAAUCAGGGACUGCAGUGUUUUUCUCUUUAGAUACUUGCCUGUUGUCAGGAUUUUACACCUUCUGAAUGAAGAAGUGUUCUUGGGCCACAGCAGCUGGAAACAUAAUGCUGGCAUUUUGGUUUAAGAGAGUAAAUUACCUGCCAGUAGGCUUGAAAUCAAGGCCAAGUAUCUCCAGUCUAGUUUGUGUGUACGCUUGUAUGUGUCAGUAGUGAAGAGGGUCUUUCUGACCCACUCUGACCUGCUAGCCACACUUUUGAUCAGACUAUCGAAGGAAUAAGGACUUCGGUGGGACUAAGCAGAGCCGAGCCAGGAGCGGUCCUGGGGGACACGAGUAUCUCUGUGAACAAAGGACUGCUCUUGGAACCUCUGGGUUCCAAAGAUGAUUAGGAAUGGGAACUGGGUGUUAUUUUACUGAACCACAUAGCCUCUCCUGAACUAGUAGAUCUGGAUUCCGGGUUUGGCUCAGUUCCCACUCGCUGUGGGACCAUAAGCCUGUCAUUCAACCUUUCUAAGCCUUCACUGUCUCGCUUGGCUACGCCACAGGGUUGUCUGAGAAAAAACCUGAAAGCACCUCAGACGUCAUCGUGGUCUGAAAAACAAGUGGCUGAGUGCCCCCACGACGUCUCUACUUAAUCUAGAUUCUCUAAUUAUGCUACAUUUGCUUUAUCACGUGCCAGUCGCUCAGUCCGUCCCGUCUGCUCAUUUAUACCUCUUGUUUUUAUUUCACAGUAAGUUGCAGGCAUCAUUAUUCUUCACUCUAAACACUUCAACAGCAGGCUGAGAUUUAUGCAAGAAACAGCAGCUCUCCCUUAAAAUUCAAAUGUACUGGGCGCCUGAGUGGCCCAGUGGGUUAAAGCCUCUGCCUUUGGCUCAGGUCAUGAUCCUGGGGUCCUGGGAUCGAGC